AUGAUGUCAACACGUAACUUCACAAUAUACCCUCUCCUCUUCCUCCCCUUCUUCUUCCUCCUUGCUCUAGCUGGCAACAGCACCAGCCAGAGCAAAGGCGGCAUCGCCAUCUACUGGGGCCAGAAUGGCAACGAAGCCUCCCUGAACGAGACAUGCGCCACCGGCAGAUUCGCCUACGUCAACAUUGCCUUCCUCUACUUUGGCACCGACACCUACAACCUCACAUCACUUGCCGAUGCCCAGAGCCUCUCUCGUUACCUCUGGGACACCUUCCUCGGUGGCCGGUCGGCGGCAACAGCCGCCAGCCGGCCGCUGGGCCCAGCCGUCCUUGACGGUGUCGAUCUCGACAUCGAGCACGGAUUGGCCACAUACUACGGAAAGCUCGUCGAUUUCCUCCGACAGUACAACAAGACAAUUAUUGUGUCUGCUGCACCGCAGUGCCCGUUCCCGGACAAGAAUAUCGGGCCCGCGCUCGAGGGGAAAAGACGGUUCGACUACGUGUGGGUGCAGUUCUACAACAAUCCUCAAUGCCAGUUCGAUUCUGCAUCGAACGGUACGAAUAAUUUGUUGGCGUCGUGGAGAGAGUGGACGACCAACGGGUCUAUUAGGGUUGAUAAGUUAUUUUUAGGCCUGCCGGCAGCCCGGGAGGCCGCCGGAGGAGGGUAUGUUCCGGCGGAGGCGUUGACCGGAAAAAUUUUGCCUGAGAUUAAAGGUUCGCGCAAGUACGGCGGGGUGAUGUUGUGGUCGAAAUAUUGGGACGAGCAGAACGGUGAUUACAGCAAUAAAAUUUUCAAGAACGUGUGA